GCUCUCAGUCUUCUCUCUGCUACAUAUAUCGACGGAUGUGUUUCGAGAAUCGUAAUCGAAACAAUCGAUUUCUACUCACUGUAAAUCGCGAGAUGUUGCCCAUGUGACAUUUACAUACACAUACAUCUUUUAAUUGAAUAAGUCAGCUGAUUCUGAUUGAUCUUCAGAUGUAAGUGGUGGCAAAAGGAGAUAUGGUUAGAAACGAAUAUCCACUUCCCGAGAAGGAAAAUAUAGAGGAAGACAUGGAGGAAAUAAUACCGGAAGAAGAAAAUAACGACAACGAGGAAAUGGAGUUGAAUGACGAAGAAAAUUUCAGUAACAUUAGUGAAUCUUUUGAGGAAGAUAUUUAUUCUGAACUUGAUAUUAAAGCAUUAGAGGAUGAGCUGGAUCAUUUGCAAAGUGCUUUGGAUCAUUUAGAGAAGAAAAAUGACAAUAUACAUGCAGAGUUGAUUGAAUUGUUGCAUUCUAAUCGUGAAGCUAGAAAACAACUUCAAGAAUCAAGAGAAAUCGAGGCGCAGCAAUCAAAAUGAUAAAUAGUUUGCACUUAAAAAACUCAUCUGCACUUAUUUACAUUAACAUCAGAAAUAAUUAAACACUAUUAUUUCUGAUUUUUCGAAAGAAGUAAUUUAUAUACCUUGUAUACUAAAGAAUAUGGAAAAACUGUACAUCAAAAAUAGUUCCCAUAAAAUGUCAAUAUUUCUUGAACAUAAAAAUCUUGAAUAUUAUUUUAAUAUAAGAAUAAAAUAUAAAAUUAUGUAAGUAUAAUAUUAUCUAUGUAUAUGUACCAAAGUAAAACUAUGCAUUUU